GUGACCGCAGUAUUUUUCACUGAACAUUGAACACUGCAUUUGUAAAUGUUCAUAUAGGCUACGAAGGGAUUUUGCUGAGGUUGGGCAUGUUAUUUUGAUGGCACAGUGAGAAACUGCUGUCUACCCUAUGCCAGACGGACAAGAAGUAUCUCAGAUGUCCACAUGAGGAGACUCAUUUAAAGGAAGUGCCUGCGUGUCAAGCCUUUUGCUGCUCCUUUGGAAUGGAGUCACUGCUAUGUGACAGGAAAUCUGCUAACCUUUCUUGUGCCAUUGACACCCCCAGCCGGCCCUCAUGGCCAAGGUGUCACUGCACGCCCAGGCAGCAGGCCAAGGACCCUGAGGGGCAGGAAUCUGGAACAGAAGGCUGCAGAGGGGGCGGGGGCCACGAGGAGGGAGAGAUGAAUCUGUGGAGUGAAAUCAAGCGCAAGUCCCACAACAUCAGGGCAAGGCUGGAGGCCUUCUCAGACAACAGCGGGAAGCUGCAGCUCUCCUUGCAGGAGACCAUCGACUGGCUGACACUAAAGGAUGAGGAGCUGUCAGAGCAGCUGCCCAUAGGGGGCGAUGUGGUGACCGUCCAACAACAGAGCGAAUUCCACCAGGCCUUCGUGGAGGAUGUCAGGUCCAGGGGUCCCUUCAUUUACUCUGUGCUGGAGUCAGCGCAGGCCUUUCUAUCACAGCACCCCUUCACAGAAGAAGAGGAGGCACUUGCUGAUGGCAAAGAUGUUUCACCACGGAGACGAAUCCAGAAUGUCAGCCGUUUGGUGUGGAAGCAGGCCAACUUGGUGAGCGACCUGUGGGAGAAGCUGACAGCACGCUGUGCGGACCGCCAACGGCACAUGGAGCUCACUCUAGAGAGGCUCCUGGAGAUGCAGGGUGCCAUGGGGGAACUGUGCGUGGCGCUGGACCAGGCUGAGGGAGUGAGGGACGCCUGGGAGCCUGUUGGGGACCUCUUCAUCGACUCGCUUCAGGACCAUAUCGAUGCCACAAAGCUGUUCAAGGAAGAGCUGACUCAGGUGAAAGAGGCCAUGAAGCAGACCAAUGACCAGGCACACCAGUUGGCCACCUCUAACGUCCACCUGUCCGUGGAGAAUGCACAAGCCUUGGAGCACCUCAACAGCCGGUGGAGGCUGCUACAGGGUUCCAUUGAGGAGAGACUAAAGCAGCUGCAAGAUGCCCACAGAGACUUUGGACCAGGGUCCCAACACUUCCUCUCCAGUUCUGUGCAGAUUCCAUGGGAACGCGCUGUGUCCGCUAACAAAGUGCCGUACUACAUCAAUCAUCAUGCUCAGACAACCAGCUGGGAUCACCCAAAGAUGACAGAGCUGUACCAAGCAUUGGUCGAUCUGAACAACGUCAAGUUCUCGGCUUACCGGACAGCCAUGAAGCUGAGGAGGGUCCAGAAGACCUUGCGACUGGACAUGCUGACCCUGGGUAGCUUGACGGACGUGUUCCGCGAGCAGGAGCUGCAGCACGGCGAACACGUCAUGGAUGUGGCGGAUGUCAUCCACGUGCUGAGUGGCCUAUAUGAGCGGCUGGAGGAGGAGCGUGGAGUGCUAGUCAACAUCCCGCUGUGUGUGGACAUGUGUCUCAACUGGCUGCUCAAUGUGUAUGACAGUGGCCGGAACGGGAAGGUGCGAGUUCUGUCCUUCAAGACCGGGCUGGUGUGCCUGUGCAAUGUGGAUGUUCUGGAAAAAUACAAAUAUCUGUUCCGUCAGGUAUCAGGGCCCGGUGGGCUGACGGACCAGCGGCACCUCAGCCUCCUGCUGCAUGAAGCCGUGCAGAUCCCACGGCAGCUGGGUGAGGUUGCAGCCUUUGGGGGCAGCAACGUGGAGCCCAGUGUAAGCAGCUGCUUCCGCAUGGCCCCAGAGAAGCCGGCCAUUGAGGUGUCCCACUUCCUAGAGUGGAUGAGUCUGGAGCCGCAGUCACUGGUGUGGCUGCCUGUCCUGCACCGAGUGGCUGCAGCAGAGUCUGCCAAACACCAGGCAAAGUGCUCUGUCUGCAAACAGUGCCCCAUCAAAGGCUUCAGGUAUCGUAGCCUUAAGCAGUUCAAUGUGGAUAUAUGCCAGACCUGCUUCUUGACGGGACGGACCUCCAAGGGAAAAAAGCUCCACUAUCCCAUCAUGGAGUACUACAUUCCGACCACCUCUGGGGAGAAGAUGAGAGACUUUGCCAAGACCCUGAAGAACAAGUUCCGGUCCAAGCAGUACUUCAGCAAGCACCCGCAGAGAGGCUACCUGCCCGUACAGUCUGUCCUGGGGGCUGAAAGUACAGAGACGCCCAGUUCUUCCCCCAAGCUUCCUCAUGCGGACACUCACUCCAGGAUCGAGCACUUUGCAAGCAGACUGGCGGAGAUGGAAAAUCAGAACUGUUCCUUCUUCACUGACAGUCUCUCGCCUGAUGAAAGCCUGGAUGAAGACCAGUACCUCCUGCGGCACUCCAGCCCUGCUAUGGAGCAGGACUCACUGACCAAUCAGCACCUCCUGGGCAACAUCAACUGCGAGGACAAGGACGAACUGCAGAGGACGCUGGCCCGCCUGGAGAACGAGAAUAGGAUCCUGCAGGGGGAAUACCGACGACUGAAGUGGCAGCAUGCAGAAACUGCAGCCUCUCCUCAGUUAAUGGAGGGCGUGACCCUGGGUGAAGAGGACAAGGAGCUCCUGGCAGAAGCUCGGAUCCUCAGGCAGCACAAGUCCCGGCUAGAGACCCGAAUGCAGAUCCUGGAGGAUCACAACAAGCAGCUGGAGUCUCAGCUCCAUCGACUCAGAGAGCUCCUGAUGCAGCCUAAAGGGGAUUCAGAGACAAACUCUGUGCCAUCCUCAGUGUCUUCACCUGUAUCUGCGAGUGGCCACCAGGGGGAGCAGCUUAGCAGAGGAACCCCAGACACAGAAGCCACAGGGGAAGAUGAACAGGAUCAGGAGGACACUGUGCUACAGCUCCAGCAGGUGAUUGCGCAGCUGAGGAACGUUUUCCCACCUGAGCACGGCACUGCGUAAUGUCUUACCCUGGGCGUGGCCUGGAAUUUGCAACGCUGCCCACUGGGCUGGAUCCUGUAGGCUGUCCUCAUCCAGGAGCGCACCCCCAGCGGAUCUCACGCAGCUACACAAACGCAUCCAAGCGGAAAAUCGCCACGGAUCAUUCUUUGCACUAACCUCCCGAGCUGAUAGCUGUGUCUAUGUGGUUGCCACAUUAGUCCGCCGUUUGCCGUUACGGCAAGUCCAGCUUCAACCAGUGCGGCACAAACAACACCUUGAUAAGGCUUUCGGCAAUGCACAAGGGUUUUGGUUUGCAUGUGUUUGAGCUCCACUCACACAACAGUGUAUCGUAACACCCUUCACCUGAUAUAUUAACAUCUUUCUUUCGUUUACCUGUCGGCUGAUAGACACUCUUGUGGACUACGCUGCCAUGUGUUGUACAACUCCACAGAGAGGAGCUGAUCACUGGGAGCCAGGGAAGCUUCAUGUGAACUUGUUUGUUGGGCCAUUCCUCAGUAAACAGCCAAAGUGCCUGGGGUUGCUCCCGUGCAGUGCCAGUGUUAUUCUGUCAAACUGGAUGUCAAGGCAAGAUGCCAGGUUCACAAGGAAUUAUUGCAGCUCACUCCCAUGCUCACAUAUACAUGCACACACACACACACGCAUGCACACGCAAAGGGGAAAGGAAAUUCGUUUUGUAGCAGUUUUAUGGUUCACAGGGGUCCCUGAGAACGUCUUGCAGUGAAGGUAAUUUCUGCAGCUGUACAAUAUUUAGCUGCGGGGCAUGGGCCAGUUGGUGGGCAGGUCCCUACUGCAAGAUUUAUCUUAACAGAUUAUGAACCCAGAAAUUCUGUACCUACUGUGCACCCUCCCCCCUAAACAAUAUGCCUUAACCCUGCUAUUGUGUUGGGGUCAAAUCUGACCCAUUUCCGAGUUAAGAUGUGUAAGAAAUACCAGUUUUUUGUUUUUUUGUAUUGGAACAAGAUUUCAUGAUAUCCUCAAAAACAGCUAUAUAAACACAACAAAACCAAUGGUCACCAUUUUAUUCUCUAAAAGAAGAUCUCGAAAAGAAUUACGCUACAUUACGUUACAUCUGUGGUGUUACGGGUUAAAAAUGACCUGGCAUGGCAUUUGACAAAGUUGUGGGUAGUUCUGUGAAUCAUAUUUUACUCAAACAAGAUUAAUCUUUGGGUCUAGACACUCCACCCCCUCCCCUUUGUUUUCCUGCAGUCUGUACUCCAAAUCCGGAACAACAUUUUUCUUGCAGAAAAUGGCCAGGACACACACACCCACACAUGAAAAAGGAACUUGAAUUCACACACACACACACACACUCUCUCUCUCUCUCUCUCUCUCUCUCUCUCUCUCUCUCUCUCUCUCUCGCUCUCGCUCUCGCUCUCUCUCUCUCUCUCUCUCUCUCUCUCUUUCUAUUCCUUAUCUAUCUGGCUGUCUGUCCAUCUAUCCCACAGACACUCUCAAAAAGAAUACCCCUUGCUCUGUCAUCACAACUGCUCCCCUUCAUAAUAUUAUGCCCACAUACAGCAUCACAGGAACUCAUUUUGUUUCUCGCAGACAAGCACAUUGCAAUUAUUUAGCUGAUGCUUUUUAUUCAAAUCGACUUACAGUUGAUUAGACUAAGCGGACGCCAAUCCCUUCUGCAGCAAUGUGGUGAUUCGGGGCCUAGUAGCUGCUGUGAUGUUGGGCGGCUUGUAGCAUAGUGGUUAAGGUGAAUGACUGGGACACGCAAGGUCGAGGGUUCGAAUCCCAGUGUAGCCACGAUAAGAUCCGCACAGCCGUUGGGCCCUUGUGCUAGGCCCUUAAUCCUGCAUUGCUCCAGGGGAGGAUUGUCUCCUGCUUAGUCUAAUCAACUGUACAUCGCUCUGGAUAAGAGCAUCUGCCAAAUGCCAAUAAUGUAAUGAUGUUAUUGUGGCUGCACCAGGGCUGGAACCACCAACCCCCCAGCUCACCUUAGCCACUAGGCUUUAGUACAGUAUCAAUUGUGGGGGUGUGGCAUGAAUAACAUUCCACAGAUUUCUCGCUACAUUGGGAUCUUUCAAAAAGGCUUGUUUGAGUUCUUGUCAAUUUCAUUCUGCAGCAGCAUCUGUCUAUUACAAUAUGUGCAACAGAUUCACUAUGAUUAUUGAUAAUGUAUUUGAUCAUGACAAUAAUGGAGGAGAGAGAACAAACAUGCACACACACAAGGUGAAAUAGAUAGUAAAGAGAUUAUUGAAAUAUAAUUCUGUGUCUGGUAUUGGCUGGUUAUAAAUAAAAUUGUUUGUUCAGGGUUUCUCACAGAUCUUUUCCUAGUCAAAUUUGACCCGUGUUUUAUCUCUGCACAAAACACUGCGAUGGUAGGAGAUCCGGGCUGGGGCUGGUGAGGGAGUUCAUUAUUUUGAGCCUUCAAUCAAAUCUUGUGCAACCUUUGGCAAAUAUUUGUCUAAUAUUUGUUAAAGCCUUCAGUUGAGCUUUGAGUAUGGAUUAUUAUUCAGAAAAAUAACAGGAAAUGUUUUGCAUAACAAAUGGAUAGUCAUGGUGGUACCUAUGUAUAGGUAAGGUGGACUGCCGUGACUCCACAUGAUUUCAGAAUCCUUGUUCAUGUUCCAUUUGGAUGAGUUAUUUUCAACAAAAUAAACUUUGGUUUGAGAAAAAAAAAAAACUAUUUUUUAAACCUUUUUUCUAACAUAGAUCGCUAACGGUCAGUUUCGAGCCAUAACACCACAGAUGUCACUUUGGUUAAUAAUAUAAGGUAAAAAAAAAACAAAGCACAAGUCAUUUAUUCUAGGAAAGUGUGUUCUAAUAUUAGUCCUUAAUAGUCAGCUAACAUAAUUGCCCCUUGUCUUCACUAUCAGAAUUAUAAUGAGUAAAUAUAUACUCUUUUUGCCUGAAAACAAGUGGUAUAUUGUAAGGUAAAUGUUUUUGGAACCAUAAAAAAGUGAUUGUAUGGUUAUGCAUGGAUAAUAAGUUAGUUAUAAAGUGUGAGGUAAAAAACAAUAUUGGAUGAUCUUUUUUUGUGUGUGUGUGUGUUUUGUGCUGAGAUAAAAAAACUGGUCAAAUUUGACCCGCUAACACAAAAGGUACGUGCAGAUUUCUAACAGAUUAGGAGGGUUAAUAAAUCCACAUGAA